CAGCCACAGCUCACAAGAUACAAGUCUUUCAGUGAAUAUGAAUACAGUGAAUUUGAGCUUGGGUUGCAUAAUAAGAUAAUAAUAAGGUGUGUCUCAAAAGUAACUUUGCAUCACCAACUUGAUAUCAGCAAAAACAAAUAGAAAUAAAAAAAAAUAGAAAUAACCUGCCUCUAGUUAGCACCUCUGAAUAAUAAACACUUCUGCAGAUGCAAGUAACAAUGAACCAGAAAUUCAGCAGUGCAGGUGCAUGACAAUUUGCAGUUUGCAGAAAAUGCUGAUGUUUCAAAUGUGAGCCAUGUCUAAUUACCCCAGGCAAAGUCCACAGUCGCGUUUCUCAUCUAUAUAGCUGGUGUGUGUCUCAGUGAGCAUGGGCCGUGGUGAUCAAUAACCGAUCUUAUCUGAACACAGAUAAUCCAGGCUGCAGGAAAAACAUGACUCAUUUGGUCUGACAACGUCCAAAGAUGAAACCCGGCACUACUGGCCUUCGUGUGAAGCUACCCACUUUCGUGCUCAUUGCUCAGGUGGUUUUUGUUGGUCUCUAUGCUGCAUUUGUGACCUAUGACGACCAAUCUGAUGCCAAAUUCCAGACCAAUGAGAGCAAUUCCAUGGACAAUGCUGUUUAUAAGGAUUAUCCCUUUUUUGCGGACAUACAAGUGAUGAUAUUCCUAGGCUUUGGGUGUCUUCUGGCCUUCUUCCGACUCUACGGCUUUGGUGGGAUGGUUUUUAACUUCCUUGUGGCUACUUUCUCCAUCCAAUGGGCUAUUUUGGUGCAGGGCUACUUCCAGUUCAGCCAUGAUGGUAAAAUCCACCUUGGGGUGAUGAACCUCAUCAAUGCCGAGUUUGCUUGUGCUGUGGUGCUCAUAUCUUUCGGGGCUGUUCUUGGGAAAACCAGUCCUUUGCAACUGCUGGUCAUGGCUCUGCUGGAAGUCCCAAUAUUUGCGGUCACUGAAUGGGCGGUGCUGGAAUAUCUCAGAAUAAACGAUGCAGGAGGCUCGAUUUUAAUCCACAUAUUUGCAUGCUAUUUUGGUUUGGGUGUGACUUUUGUGCUGUACAGGCCAGCGCUAAAGGAAGGCCAUGUGAAAGAAACCACCAGCUACCAGUCUGACAUGCUCUCUGUGAUGGGGACUCUGUUCCUGUGGGUGUUCUGGCCUUCAUUCAACUCGGCAUUGACCCUGAAAGGAGAUGAUCAGCACCGGGCCAUCAUCCACACCUUCAUCGGUCUCUGUGCAUCUACACUCACAGCCUUCGCUCUCUCAGCCAUGUUGAAUAAAAAUGGAAAGCUGAGCAUGGCUGACGUGCAGAAUGUGACCCUAGCUGGAGGCGUCACAGUUGGUGCAUCUGUGGAUAUGAUGAUAUCACCUGCUGCAGCAUAUGCACUGGGAAUGAUGGGCUGCACGGCCUGCAUGAUAGGGUACAAGUACCUGAGUCCCUUAUUAGCACGGCGCUUUAGGAUUCAAGAUCAGUGUGGAAUACAUAACUUGCAUGGCAUCACUGGACUCAUAUCUUGUGCUGCAGGAAUCUGUGCCAUACUAACAGCUGGUGAGGAUGUUUAUGGCCCUAGUUUGUAUGAGAUCUUCACCCACAGAGCCCCGGUAGAGGGAGACCCAAAGCUGUUGGACCUCCAGGUGUUGAUACCAGGUUUGCAGCCUGGUCUAGGACGAACUGCCCGUGAGCAAGCUUUAUUUCAGGUGGCAGCACUCUUCUCCACAAUAGUAGUGUCAGCACUCGGUGGAGUCCUCACAGGCCUCGUCUUAAAACUGCCAAUGCUCGCGCCACCAUCGGACGAUAUGUGCUUUGAUGAUGAUUGGUUUUUUGAGGUUCCUCCGGACUAUGAUUCUCCAGUGAAAGUACAACACUCCCUUUCUGUUGAAGAUUCUGUUGUCUAAUGCUUUGUAUGCACAAAACACAGUUGGUUUAGAAAUGUAGUCCAUGAAAUCAAUCCAAUGAAAUCUCAUUGUCACUCAGAUAUCAUAGUAACCACUGUGUAACUAACAGGAGAUUCUGGAUAACCUGUUUGUUCAAACAUUGAAUAUAAGUGUGUCAAAAAUGCAGCAAAUGGUUUACGAUGAAACAUGAAAGAGCUUUUUAUAGACCAGAAAUUAACAGUAUGUUGGUGUCUCUUUCUGUUAUACUAUUUUUUUUCUUCCUACAACUACUUUUGCCAAAAUCCCAACUACUGCCAUGAGAGACAGUGUAGAAAUUCUAAAAAAUGUAAUAGAUGCUGAUGCUUUGUGGUGACUCUCUCAAAAUGUUUCACAAUGAAGCCAACAAUGUGUCAACAAUGAUCACCUCUGUUGAGAUCAAUUAAGUCUCAAAUAGUUGUGAACAAUGUCAGGGUACAAAUACACAAAACUCGACAGAGAACACUUUGGGGACGACGUAAUAA